GGACAGUAACAGAAGGCGUCUUCACCAGAGUCACUACAGAAGUUCUGCACACAACUAUUUUGGACAGCUGUUGAACUACACGCGCGUACAAUCUAAACUCGAUGUGAACAUGUCGGGCAAGUUGUCUUACGAAGCCCAAAACUUUCUCUGAACGACAUUAAACUUUGAACGUUUUUUUCCAAGACGUUUUGCUUCGGACCAUCCGCAGGUUUUCAACUCCAGGACCACUCCGGAUCCAUAGGACCGACCUUGCGUCUGAGCUGAGGGAAUCCCAUUGCGAUUCGAGUGAUCAGUAGUGACACCAAUCAUGGGCAGCAAAACUCUUCCAGCCCCGGUCCCCCUCCACCCCUCCCUGCAGCUGGCCAACUACUCCUUCCUCCAGGCCUCCAAUGGCUUCCAGCUGCCCACGGACCAGGUCCCUGGCAUCUAUAGCUUCAGCGCCCUGCACGCCAUCCACCUCCACCAGUGGACCCUGGGCUACCCUCCCUUUGGUGUCCCCCGCUGCACUUUCUCCAAGCUCCCAGCCCUGAUGGAUGGCCGCUUCCCCGGCUUGCCUUCCAUCCCUAUUUUCCCCCACCUGGUCCAGCACAAGGACCAGGCCACUGCGGCCGCCACAGCAGCUACCUCCAUGAAUCUCCUUCAGGGCUCCAAGAACAAGCCCCAGCCACGCUUUGACUUCGCCAACCUGGCCACCGCCGCCACGCAGGAGGACCCGCUGAAGGCAGAGGACCUGAGCAUAACAGGGGCAGCCGCCACCACUUCUCCUCGCCAUGGCGGUCUAGGCUGUCUCAUAGAUGUAGCCAAGCUGUCGUCGCCCGAGCGCAAGCCUAGCCGUGGCCGCCUUCCCUCCAAGACCAAGAAGGAGUUUGUGUGCAAGUUCUGCGGCCGCCACUUCACCAAGUCCUACAACCUGCUUAUCCACGAGCGGACACACACGGACGAGAGGCCGUACACCUGUGACAUCUGCCACAAGGCUUUCCGGAGGCAGGACCACCUCCGAGACCACAGGUACAUCCAUUCCAAAGAGAAGCCCUUCAAGUGCCAGGAGUGUGGAAAGGGAUUUUGUCAGUCCAGAACUCUAGCUGUCCACAAAACGCUGCACAUGCAGGUGAAGGAACUAAAGCCAUCCAAGAUUAAGUGAUGUCAAUACAUUAAAAAAAGAGACUAGGGGACACUGGAAACAAUAAGAGUGAAGACUAAAAAGGAGAACAAGACAAAAUGACCAAAGACGGGGGACAUUGUGGAGCUGACCAAAUAUAGGGGACUUUGUGGGGCUGACCAAAGACGGGGGGACAUUGUGGAGCUGACCAAAGACAGAGUUUGUGGAGCUGACCAAAGACAGGGGGACAUUGUGGAGCUGACCAAAGACAGGGGGACAUUGUGGAGCUGACCAAAGACAGGGGACAUUGUGGAGCUGACCAAAGACAGGGGGACAUUGUGGAGCUGACCAAAGACGGGACUUUGUGGAGCUGACCAAAGACAGGGGGACAUUGUGGAGCUGACCAAAGACAGGGGGACAUUGUGGAGCUGACCAAAGACAGGGGGACAUUGUGGAGCUGACCAAAGACAGGGGGACAUUGUGGAGCUGACCAAAGACAGGGGGACAUUGUGGAGCUGACCAAAGACGGGACUUUGUGGAGCUGACGAAAGACAGGGGACAUUGUGGAGCUGACCAAAGACGGGACUUUGUGGAGCUGACCAAAGACAGGGGGACAUUGUGGAGCUGACCAAAGACAGGGGGGCAUUGUGGAGCUGACCAAAGACGGGACUUUGUGGAGCUGACCAAAGACAGGGGACAUUGUGGAGCUGACCAAAGACAGGGGACAUUGUGGAGCUCAAGUGCCUGGAACAUAGAAUGAGUAGAACAUCUCUGAACUUGAACAAACUGAAGUUCUCUGAACAGAAGAAAAGUUAUAGAAAAAGUUAAAUGUUCACCAACAAUUCACCAGCCAAGGAAGGAAGCCGUUGUGCUCAUCGUGGGGAACGAUUCUUCAGAGAGAUGUGAAAAUCCUGGAUCUCUAUGAUGUAUCCAGACAAUAUCCAGGAGCACCUUGUACCAGAUCUAAGUGGUUUCUCCACAUUUAGUUAAGAGAUAAUUAGGCUUAAUGACUUUGAGGCAGUGUAUUGGUUGGGCAUGAUGAAGCCCAAUGGGGCGAAUGGAUCAUACAUCAUAGAUGUAUGGAAUGUUAUCUUGACCUCUCUGACAAAGUUGACCUCUCAGACAUUCCGAAAGACUCAAAAUUACAUUUUUUUGAAAGGGACAUUUACGAGUCUAAAGCAGUCUUUGUAAAAAACAAAACAAACCAAAAAACAACUAAAUUGGUUAAAGUAAUGUCAGCAUAACGUUAUUCCUCUUCCAAAGCUUACAUUCCAAUGUUAUUUUUUUGUAUAAUUGUAUUUUUUGCACUUUAACCUGAUUAUUGAUUAUUUACAUAUAUCACUGGAUUCCUAAAACUUAUUUUGAGAAAAUAAAUAGUAAUUUUCUAAACAAAAUCUA